AUGCUGAAGCCGAGCAGUUUGCGGUCAAUUAUAGCUGGAUCAACUGCUGGAGCUGUCGAAAUAUUCGCCAAAACUAGAACUCAAUUGAACCGCCGGCUACCAGACGGGAAGAAACUACCUUGGCCACCUUUCGGCAAAGCAUGGUAUGCAGGGUGUACGACGCUCAUUGUAGGAAAUUCAUUGAAAGCCGGCAUUCGCUUUGUUGCAUUUGACUCGUUUAAAUCUCUACUCCAAGAUAAGGAUGGCAAGAUAUCUGGCCCUCGAACUGUUCUAGCAGGCUUCGGUGCCGGUUUCACAGAGUCCCUCCUGGCGGUCACACCAUUCGAGAGUAUCAAAACGCAAUUAAUAGAUGAUCGGAAAUCUGGUAAUCCUCGAAUGCGCGGUUUCUUACAUGGAACUGCCGUAAUUUUCCGAGAGCGCGGUGUUCGCGGCUUUUUUCAAGGGUUUAUCCCCACGACAGCGCGACAAGCAGCUAAUUCAGCUACGAGAUUCGGUAGCUACACAACCCUUCGGCAAUUUGCCCAGGGGUACGUUGCACCGGGUGAGAAACUUGGCGCUUUGAGCACCUUUAGUAUCGGGGGCCUCGCUGGAUUAAUAACAGUUUACGUCACACAGCCGCUGGACACCGUCAAGACAAGAAUGCAAUCCAUCGAGGCUAGGAAGAUCUACAAAAAUAGCUUCACAUGUGCGGCCAGCAUAUUCAAGGAUGAGGGAAUCCUUACGUUUUGGUCUGGUGCGGUUCCCCGACUAGCAAGACUGAUAUUGAGUGGCGGGAUCGUAUUCACAAUGUACGAGAAAACGAUGGAAGGCUUGGACGCUCUCGAUCCAGGUCGAGAAUAUAUCUAG